AUGCAGCGACGUCCGUCCCUUGUCCCCGAUCUCUUUCACAUUAAGCGGACUACCGUGAAGGCUGGGUCUCCACCUUCGAUUCUUACUGAAAUCUGUGGCACAUACACCGAUCUCGGCUCAGCUCAAAAUGCCGCACUUCACCGGCUCGAUGACGAAGGAAUUUCUCGAACUUCACUAACCGAGUACGCGGAUAACGACCUGACAAACCCAUCAUCAGACUGGAAACACGGAGAAAACGUUGUCGUUCACGCCUCAAAAGGCGAUGAGAUUCAUGGUGUCGAAAUCGAGACCACUCCCAACUCCUUGGGCGUUCGCUCGAAACCAGGCGAUGGAAGGGUCACGGACAAUUUGUUCUAUGUCCUUUGCACAGUCCAGUCAGCGGAUGGAGCGACGCAUUCCGAAAUACGAGGAAUUCACCUGUCCCGGCAAUCGGCUGUCACUGCUGCCAGAUAUGAGUUGGUAAGUGGUGAGCGCAAGCAGGACUGGUACAGUGACUACAAAGAAGAAGUGGGGAUCGGGCACCGGGAAGAGGACUUUGAAGGACAGCAACUUGUGGUGACUGCCACAGGACAGGAUGGGAAGACGUACAUCGUCACUGUCGUUCAUGAAAGCUGA